AUGUCGAAGGCUACGACAAUUAAAGAAGCGCUCCAGAAAUGGGAAGAACGCAAUGAGCACUCAGCACAAAAUGCUGUCGAAGUUGGUUUGCAGUUUCAGUAUCCACCAAUUGAUAGAAUGACAAAUGAUCUCGCUGUUUUAGAAAAUUGUGAGAAGCUCAGCUUAUCAACGAAUUGCAUCACUCAAAUUAUUCUCAGUCCAUCGAUGAGAAAUUUGAAGAUUCUCGCACUCGGACGUAACAAUAUUAAAAGUUUCAGUGGGUUGGAGGUUGUGAGCGAAUCUCUAGAACAACUUUGGAUCAGUUACAAUAAAAUCGAUAAAAUGAAAGGAAUUGAACAAAUGAAGAAACUUAAAAUUCUUUACAUGGCACACAAUCUCAUCCGUGAAUGGACAGAAGUUUCAAAGCUUGCAGCACUUCGUGAUUCAUUGGAAGACUUAAAAAUGGUUGGAAAUCCAAUUACUGAGAAUAUCGAUGAAGAAACUUAUCGAAGUGAAAUGGUUCAUCGUCUAAAUUUCUUAAAGAAACUCGAUGGCGAGCCAAUAACUGAACUGAAUGAAGAAAUUUAA